AUGGACACGACCAAGUUACAGUUGAUAGCACCGAAGAGUCGAUCUGUGCAUGGUGAGUGCAAUGGAUUUGAAGCGGCGUUCGUGAAUGGCAGAUCACACGGAGGCACGGGAUCCAUCACAAACAGCGCAGGGGAGUAUGCAUUGCAUGGUCCCACCACAAUUUGGAAACUCCCGGCAAAGGGGAUGUUUAGAAAUGAGGAUAAGGGUGAGGCCGAGGUUGAAGAUGAGAGUGAGAUGGAGGAGGACCGCGAUAAUGAUGACCCCAUGGACGGAUUGGCAGGGAAGAGUACGAGCCCGCAGUCUAGUGGGAGCUACUGCGAUACCGGUAGUAAUAAUAACGGGCCAGACUCGCAUAGUAGACAGUUCCGCAAGAAAUGGAGGGACUCAGAGGAUAUUGCCUUUGUGCAAGUUUUACUCGAUCACUCACAAUUACUCAACUUCGUCGAGUUCUUCAAACCUAUGAAGAAUUUCUGGAUACAGAUAUCAGAACAACUCCUCCAGAAACAUAACUUCGAAAGAAAUGCAAGACAGUGCCAGGAUAGAUUCAAAUUGCUCUACACAAAGGGCCGCAAACUGGAACAGGACCACGAAUGUGACACGGAUAUACGACAGAAACCUGGAUUGUCGCAAAAGGAUGUCUCUCUCGUACAAUUGGUCAAUACUUUUGAACUUGUCAGGGGCAACCUAGUGCUAAAAACUAACGAAAGACUUAACUCGGAAUCCAACAGCAGUACGGAAACAUGCCCAGAACAGCAGAACACAAGUACGGAGCCAGGUAUCUGCAACAACGUAGAGAACAAUGAUAACAACGAUCAAGUAAAGGAAACAAUAAACCACAGCACAAGCCCCUCGGGUAGCGUAACCGUCCCCAAUGGCACAAUUUCCAAUGGUACAAUUUCCAAUUGUAAGGAGGAAAUGGUUACUACUCCGGAAAAGGGGCAGACAUUCAACAAAGCAUCAAAGGACUAUGGUGAAGAGCUGACUCUUCUGCAGAAUAAGGUCAACGACAUCUCAUUACUGAUAAAGCAGCAAUUGGAUCAACAGAACCACAUACAGCAAAUCUUCAAUGGUCAUGCCAGCACAGAUCAAACGGAAUUGGAGUUGGAACUUCGAAGGGAGCAGGAGAACUUACGAUUUCAGCAAACACAAUGCGAGUGCCAACUUAUGGACCACGAACAAAACAUCGCCACUGUCGAUGGACAUAUGCUGGCGCAUAGUCAACAACUGGAAUCCCAAGACGAUCGAAUAGAAAUGGCAGAGCACGUAGUGUCCAGCCAUGAUAAAAUAAUAGAGGAACACGACAAUAGGUUAUUACUUCAAGAACGACAACUGACCGCCCAGGAGAGUGAGUUGGUAAAACAGUCCAGGGAAUUAUGGAUCCAAAAUGCUAAAUCGUUGGAACAAGAAGAGGUGCUAACGCAACACCAUAAGCGGUUGACAGGUUACAAAAAAAAGUUGACUAACCAUGAUAGGAGGUUAUCCCAAUGUGGGGAAAAAUUGUCAAACCAUGAUGGCCAGUUGUCAAACCUCGACGGCCAGUUGUUCAACCAUGACGGUCAGUUGUCUAAACUGGAUGGCCAAGUGUCAAACCUCGAUGGCCAGUUGUCUAACCUUGAUAGCCAGUUGUCUAGCCAACUGUCUAGAUGCGUGGAGAAGUUGAUGCAGCACGAUACGCAAAUUUCUAUGCAAAAGUCAGUGUGUGACAAUCUUUCCUACCUGAGGACAGAUGUUGAUCACAUCAAAACUCACCUGGCCAUUAUGCAACCCAGACUAGAGGAACUGGAAAGGAAAAACGACCAACAAGCGCAACUCAUAAAAAUGAUGUACCAGGCCUUUAAAGAUUGUGCUGAAAAAAACACUACCAAGGUGAACUUGCGGGAUCUUGAGAACCUUUAG